GGCCCUUGUGUUAUUGAGCCACACGUGACGGCGAGUCGAGGCGGAGUUUCAGAUAAUUGGCCGUCCUGAGGAAAGAUGGCCAGCCAGGCAGAAAUUUUUGCAGAACUGGGUAUUCCCGGUGCCGUGCCAGCUGGCGGGGCUGGCAUGAGCUCUGUGGAUGCCGAUGGUCUUGGAAAUGAUCAAACUAUGGAGCAGCUUUGGGCCAUGAAGGCAAUGGAACAUGCUGAGAUCCACUUCAAUCUUCUGUGUGCAGUUGACCCACGGUUGUUAAAACUCACGCCAAAGGACGACCUCAUUUACAACACCUUCAGAAAACAGUUUCCCGAUUUUAACAUUGAGAAAUUGGUGGAGAAGGGUCUUAAAGACAAGGAGGCAAAGGAGAAAUGGAGACCCUUUUGCAAGGAAUUUGAGCACGAGAUCGAGGACUACAGCUUUGCCACCCUCGUCCGCAUUGACUCCCAGCAAGACUACUCGGAAGAUAACACCAUCCUUGUGACCCGCAUCCAGUUCUUCGCAAUUGAGAUCGGCCGCAACAGGGAGGGAUACAAUGACUCCAUCAGGACCAAGUACAAGCCUAAGCCCCGUGCCAAGAAGGCCCAGAAAUAGCAGUGGGACGUUGGCCGUAGUUUCGUCAGUUCGUAAUUUUAAAUUGUGCGCAGGAACCUUGUUUCUGGUUCAGCAACAUGUUUUCUUUAUAUCAUAAACUAUGUUAGUUUGCAUCCUUUUCUUUUUUGGAUCUUGUAAAUCUCAGCUUUGUGGUUGAUUACGGCUUUGUCAAGAGGCAUUAUGUAAUUAUCCUCCAGGUGUAUCUGUGUAACAACUUGUGACAACAGCUGUGGAGGCAGAGGAGUACAUUGGUAUAAACAACGCUUUAUAAAUGUUGUAAUAGUACCGGUAGUAAAAUAACUAUAUUUUACUGAUGUGCAUGAAUGGCUUGAUUUGUAUUGUGAGUAAUGAGAGAAAAUAACCAGUUGAGAUGUUCCCUCCAGCGUCACUUCUUAUGGGGAAGUAUUUGGCAGUUUAUAUGAUGAAGUAUGCUUAUGAUGAUAUAUAUUUAUAAGUUCAUUGUCUGUGUAUAACUUCAUCUUCGAUAUGAAUAAACAAUCUGUGGUAGUAGUACACCUUUUCAUAUAAUGUCAAUUAAAAAUUAUUAUUGUUA